AAAAACUCCCAUUCAGAGUGAUAACUCACCACAAAAUUCGUGCUUAAACCCUGUGUUGUUUUGUCUGUAAUUUUUCCAAAAGAUAUUUUAUAAUUUCCCCCCAAAUCACCCCGUCCAAACCGGAUAAACCCUGACAAGACAACACAGUCACCACCCUUCCAUUGCAGUUAGGCCUUCCACCACCGAUCGUCACCGCCCAUCACCACCGUCCUCACGCACAGAGCACCGUCGUUGCUCCCAUCCCCACCGCCACUGCUCCUCCGCACAACCACCGCCUCCUCCAUCAAUAAAGGGACUCAAGUGGAGGCCACUGGUGCAAUAGAAACUCAUUUCUUAUGCUAUAUAUAUAUAUAUAUAUAUAUCAAUUUCAGAAACAUAUUCUCCAGACAAGCUGGCAUGAAUUGAUGGCAUGCUAUCAAAUUUCACAUUAUCUCAUUCACUCUUUUUCAAGGACUCUAUAUUGCCAUAAAAGGAACUUGUUAAUGAUUCAGCGGGCUCGAAACUUUUGCAAUCUUAAGAAACAACCAUAUGGAACUCGUCCUUCGUCCGUACUUUUUAAGAAGGAUUACUGUAAGCUCUCCAGUUGUUUGGAUUCAGAUUUAUCUGGAGUUCCUUCUGCAACUUCGUCUGGAAAUAUGGGAAUAUCUACCUAUGAAGAACCACUAUGUCAAAAUGAAGUUUCUGAUUCUUUCAAGGGUGUAGAGAAAUCAGCCAAUCUUGAUUCUUCAAAUGGUAGAGUAAUGCUCAUUGAUGGCACAUCAGUUAUUUACAGAGCUUACUACAAGCUUCUUGAUAAUUGAUGUUCUGGAAUUUAUCCCUUCACAUGUGGCGGUGGUUUUUGACCAUGACGGAAUUCCAUUUGGUCAUUCAUCUGUUUCCUCCAAACAAAGUUUUGUGGCAAAAGGCCUAAAUUUUCGCCACACUCUCUACCCCUCGUACAAGAGCAAUCGCCCCCCUACACCUGAUACCAUAGUUCAAGGACUUCAAUACUUGAAGGCAUCUAUUAAAGCUAUGUCCAUUAAAGUAAUUGAGCAGGUGCCGGGUGUUGAAGCCGAUGAUGUUAUUGGCACAUUAGCCAUAAGGAGUGUGGAUGCUGGGUUCAAGGUUCGUGUGGUCUCCCCAGACAAAGAUUUUUUCCAGAUUCUAUCUCCUUCAUUGCGUCUUUUGCGAAUUGCACCUCGUGGAUUUGAGAUGGUCUCAUUUGGAGUGGAGGAUUUUGCGGAGAAGUUUGGAGCACUGAAACCUUCUCAGUUUGUUGAUGUAAUGUCACUUGUUGGUGACAGAUCCGAUAAUAUACCAGGAGUUCAAGGAAUCGGAAAUGUGCAUGCUGUGCAGUUGAUCAUGAAAUAUGGUUCAUUGGAGAAUUUGUUGCAACAAAUUGAUCGAGUUGAGGAGGAACGUAUUAGACAGGCCUUGAUAUCAAAUGCUGAUCAGGCUAUCCUUAGCAAGAACUUGGCACUGCUACGUUCAGAUCUUCCAUUUUACAUGGUUCCAUUUUCAACCAAUGAUCUGAGAUUUAAGAAACCAGAGGACAAUGGGGAUAAAUUCACAAGCCUCUUGACGGCAAUCAGUGCUUAUGCAGAAGGAUUUUCAGCUGAUUCAAUCAUCAGAAGAGUUUUUUAUUUGUGGAAGAAGCUUGAGAAAGAUGAGAUGAGAUGAGAUGAUUCAUAUGACAAUCAAGUGCACUAACUGUUUAUAGUUUACUUUUGACUCACCCCUCUUCUUUAUAUAUGUAGGAAAUGAUGGUUAGACCUUACUUAAUUCAAUGAGUGUAGGUGCAAAGCUGGCAAUUCCAUCCUAGUAGUUUUCUAUUGGUCCAUUUUUUUCAAGGGCUCAGGUUUGUUUUAAUGUUCUCAAAAGACAGUUUUUGGCAUUGUUUGUGUUAUCAUUUUAUAAUGAAACUAUAGUAAUGGGGGCAUGAUCCAUUUACAACUUGUGCAAGUCUUCUUAAUUUUACACCCCCUAGGUAGAUUCAUUUUUCACAAAUUUGUCUGGUUGAUUACAUUUUCCUUGUAUACUAAAAAAUGCUAUAUGCUAAUGGAAUUGUCACGAGCUUUUUUUUUA